GAUCCGGCUAUGUAGGCGUCGGAGGAGCGUCUUGCUGGGUUCCAGGUCCAGCCGCGCUCUCCCACAGCUAGGUGCGAGCUGGCCUGCCAGUCAGUUCCUGUUCCCUUUGGUUAUUUCCAUGCUUCACCAUGUUGAGGAUUAAAAAUCACCUUUUUUUACUUUCACCCAAUUACCUGAAGCAGCUGAAACAAUUAUCAGGCUCUAGGCUUAUUUGGCAACGACUUCUACACCAGAAACAACCACUUCAUCCAGAAUGGGCUGCACUGGCCAAAAAGCAGCUGAAAGGCAAAAACCCAGAAGAUCUAAUAUGGCGAACCCCAGAAGGGAUCUCUAUAAAGCCCUUAUAUUCCAGGGCAGAUACUAAGGACUUAGCUGAAGAGCUUCCAGGAGUGAAGCCGUUCACACGUGGGCCAUAUCCCACCAUGUAUACCUAUAGGCCCUGGACCAUCCGCCAGUAUGCAGGCUUUAGUACUGUGGAAGAAAGCAACAAAUUCUAUAAGGACAAUAUUAAGGCUGGUCAGCAGGGAUUAUCAGUUGCCUUUGACUUGGCAACACAUCGUGGUUAUGAUUCAGACAACCCUCGAGUUCGUGGUGAUGUUGGAAUGGCUGGAGUUGCAAUUGACACUGUGGAAGAUACCAAAAUUCUUUUUGAUGGAAUUCCUUUAGAAAAAAUGUCAGUUUCCAUGACCAUGAAUGGAGCAGUUAUUCCAGUUCUUGCAACUUUUAUAGUAACUGGAGAAGAGCAAGGCGUACCUAAAGAAAAACUUACUGGGACAAUUCAAAAUGAUAUAUUAAAGGAGUUCAUGGUCAGAAACACUUACAUUUUUCCUCCAGAACCAUCCAUGAAAAUUAUUGCAGACAUCUUCCAAUAUACAGCAAAGCACAUGCCAAAAUUUAAUUCGAUUUCAAUUAGUGGAUACCAUAUGCAGGAAGCAGGUGCUGAUGCCAUUCUGGAGCUGGCCUAUACCAUAGCAGAUGGGUUAGAGUAUUGUAGAACUGGACUCCAAGCUGGCCUAACGAUUGAUGAGUUUGCACCCAGGUUAUCUUUCUUCUGGGGAAUUGGGAUGAACUUUUAUAUGGAAAUAGCAAAGAUGAGAGCGGGGAGAAGAUUGUGGGCUCACUUAAUAGAGAAGAUGUUUAAGCCUAAAAACUCUAAAUCCCUUCUUCUACGAGCACAUUGUCAGACGUCAGGCUGGUCACUCACUGAGCAGGAUCCUUACAAUAACAUUAUCCGGACUACAAUAGAAGCAAUGGCAGCUGUGUUUGGAGGGACUCAGUCCUUGCACACAAAUUCUUUUGAUGAAGCUCUGGGUUUGCCAACUGUGAAAAGUGCUCGAAUUGCGAGGAAUACGCAGAUCAUCAUUCAGGAGGAAUCUGGGAUUCCCAAAGUGGCCGAUCCUUGGGGAGGUUCACAUAUGAUGGAAUCACUCACAAAUGAUGUUUAUGAUGCUGCUUUGAAGCUCAUUAAUGAAAUUGAAGAAAUGGGUGGAAUGGCUAAAGCUGUAGCUGAGGGAAUACCUAAACUUCGAAUUGAAGAAUGUGCUGCCCGAAGACAAGCUAGAAUAGAUUCUGGUUCUGAAGUAAUUGUUGGAGUAAAUAAGUACCAGUUGGAAAAAGAAGAAUCUGUAGAAGUCCUGGCAAUUGACAACAGUUCAGUGCGAAAGAAGCAGAUUGAAAAACUGCUGCAGGUCAAAUCCAGCAGGGAUCAAGCUUUGGCUGAACAGUGUCUUGCUGCACUAACCCAGUGUGCUGCCAGUGGGGAUGGGAAUAUCUUGGCUCUUGCAGUGGACGCAGCUCGUGCAAGAUGCACAGUUGGAGAAAUCACAGAUGCCAUGAAAAAGGUAUUUGGUGAACAUCAAGCUAGUGAUCGUAUGGUAAGUGGAGCAUAUCGCCAGGAAUUUGGAGAAAGUAAGGAGAUAACAUCUGCUAUCAAAAGAGUUCAUACAUUCAUGGAACGUGAAGGUCGCAGACCUCGUCUUCUUGUGGCAAAAAUGGGGCAAGAUGGCCAUGACAGAGGGGCAAAAGUGAUUGCUACAGGGUUUGCUGAUCUUGGCUUUGAUGUGGACAUAGGCCCUCUUUUUCAGACUCCCCGUGAAGUGGCCCAACAGGCUGUGGACGCAGAUGUGCAUGCAGUGGGCGUGAGCACACUUGCUGCUGGCCAUAAAACCCUCGUUCCUGAGCUCAUCAAAGAACUUGGUGCCCUUGGACGGCCUGAUAUCCUUGUUAUGUGUGGAGGGGUGAUACCACCACAGGACUACAAAUUUCUAUAUGAAGUUGGAGUUUCCCAUGUAUUUGGUCCUGGAACUCGAAUUCCAAGGGCUGCUGUUCAAGUGCUUGAUGACAUUGAAAAGUGUUUGGAAAAGAAGCAGCAAUCUAUAUAGCAUCCUUAUUUUGUUUUGGCUUUUUUCUGAAAUGUUCUUUCAGUUAUGAUCAAAGAAGAAAGGAAAGCCAUGUCUUCAGUUCAUUUCCAACACCUGAUAGGUACUUUUCUUGAAAGCCUCACAUUAAAACACCUUAAUUAUAAAUGUGUUCUCAUUCUCUAAUUAUGUAUGUACAGUUACUUAAAAAAUAGAAAUUGUCCUUAAAACCCUCCAUACCAAUACCUUGUUAAAAGUAUUGUUUUAGAAAAACCAUAGUGCAAAAUUACUUAGAAAUAUUUCUUAUAAAUCUUCUUCCUUUUUAUUUUAAUAAUUAAACUUUAUUAACAUUUGACUAGUUCUGUUCUUUAGCAUCAAAUUGACUUAUAGAAAAUAAAAUCUAUAAAUCAUUAAAAUAACAUCUAUCUUAGAAGAAUAGAGUGGACAUUGAUUAUAUUGGACAGUAGAUUGUGGUGGUUUCCUCCACCAAGAUCUGCAUUAAAUUGGACUUUGUAGGUUGGAGUGGAGGAUGAGUGGCAGAAUAUUUUUUCAUCUUAUUUUACUUUCUUGCUUUGCAUGAAUAUGUGGCCUUAUUAAUGCUAGGCUUGCCUCAGCCCAGGAGAGUGUAUGUUUGUGAGCAUUCCCUUAAAUGAAGUGCUUGGGUUGUUACUAUGGCUUCUUCCAGAAUAGUGAUGUAAGCCAUGAGUGUAAAUCUGUGAUAUAAAACAAAGUAAGUUUUCCAGAUCUGGAAAGAUGCUGCCUUCUAUAGAUUUUCUCAUUAAAGAUAAGUUGCAAAAAAUAAAAAUAGCUCAAAGAACACUUGUACUUUGCUGUUAAAAGAUUUAUUCAUUAAAGAAGGAAAGUUGCCCUUUCUGAUUAAUACAUUAAAUGAAGCUAAAAUAAGU